AAGAGGGGGAGAGCUGAGAGGAGAGAGGAAGCAAACAGGAAACGCGUAGCUCCACAACAGUGGGCGCAGCUCCGGCUCGCUGUCUUGAAGGAGCUGCCCGGCCUGGAGCUCCAUUGUUGACACUGUGCUGCUGUUUGACGGCUCUUGAAAGCGGGGUUGCCCCAUGCUCAGCUCAGGGAGGAUGGACGAAUUCGUUACCGAAGAGGAAGAGCCAUGGUACGACCAGCAGGACCUCGAGCAGGACCUCCACCUGGCUGCAGAGUUGGGAAAGACACUGCUGGAGAGGAACAAGGAGCUAGAGGACUCGCUGCAGCAGAUGUACAUCACUAAUGAAGAGCAAGUGCAGGAAAUUGAGUACAUGUCAAAGCAGCUGGAGGUCCUGCGCGACAUGAAUGAGCAGCAUGCUAAAGUCUACGAGCAACUGGAUGGUACGGCAAGAGAGUUGGAACACACCAACCGCACACUGGUGGUGGACAGUAAAGCCUCACAGCAGAAGAUAGAAAGGUUAACUGGAACCAUUGACACACUGCAGAACCAGGUGGAGUCUCUGUCCGGACAAGUGGAGCAGCUUCGCUCUCUGGAACAGCUCAGAGUCAAGAGGGAAAAACGGGAACGCCGCAAGACCAUUCACUCUUUUCCUUGUUUGAGAGAACUUUGUACCGCACCAAGUUACGAGGAUGAGUUUGUGGUUGGCCGAGCUGAGAGCUUCUCAACAGAGGCCAAACGUCAACCGUUCGAAGAAGAGAAUCGGCACCUGAGGGAGGCAGUGUCCGCUCUGCGGGCUGCUAUCAGGACUGAACGUGGACGGAGGGAAUGUGUAGAGAAAGAGUGCAACAUGCUAGUCGCUGAGUUCUCACGGCUACAGACGCGAGUACAGGAUGCUGAAAGCUGCCAGGCAAGGGUGAGGGAGUUGGAGGUGGAACUACAAGAACUUCAGCAGCUACGCCGUACCCGAACUUUCCUCCUGGGCAGUGAGGACGAUGGUGUUGCUCUGACCCAGACUGUGCUUAACAACACUCCAGAGACUGACACUUUCCUAGAGGUGGACGUCACUGAGACAGGUGGAGGUGUUAGAGAGCAGACUGAAGGUGGCGCAGGUGUGGGAGGAGAGUCCCUUCCCGAUUCAAACCCUGUGAGAAAGAGCUGUAGUGACACAGCACUCAAUGCCAUAAUUGCCCGGGAUGCCGCUGGCCGCAGGAGGGGUAGCUAUGCUCUCCAUGCCAAUAGUGUCAGAAAAAGAGGCAUGUCCAUCCUUCGUGAGGUGGACGAGCAGUACCAUGCUUUACUAGAGAAAUACGAAGAAUUGUUGGGAAAAUGUCGGCGCCAUGAGGAGAGCCUGUGCCACGCCGAGGUCCAGACUUCUCGACCUGUCUCCAGAGACCCGUCGAUGAAAGACUGUGCUAUAGGCCCCACCCCUGCACCUCCCCCUAGCCCGACCCAGUCACCCUCCACUCCAGAGGCCAUUGAGAGCAUCAGCAAGCAGGUAGAAGCUGUGGACAAGCGGCUUGGACAGAACACGCCAGAGUACAAGGCGUUGUUCAAAGAAAUCUUCUCACGUAUCCAGAAGACCAAGAUGGACAUCAAAGCAACCAAAGCAGCUAAAUCAGGCAAAUCUGGGAAGUCUGGGAAAUCCAGCAAACACUAGUCACUGUUGCAAUCAGUGUAAGACGAUAUAUUCGCUUCAGAUAACAGUGUGGUUAUAAUCACUAGAAACAAUAGGAAGGGUGUAGACAGACAAAACUAGAAUCAGUUUCAACGAUGGAAGUGUCUUCAGAAGUAACAAACAAAGAGAGGUAAUAAGGCACUUAUUGCCUCAUUCUUUGUGAAUGGGCUCCUUCCACCUUGCUAUCUGUGCUGUAAUAUAAUAUGAUUCAAUUAUGCAGGUCUCAGAAAUACAUGGAAUCCCAUUCCUCAAUGCCAACUUUAAUGUGUUUCCAGUUCCAUUUUGUUGUCUACUCUAGUGCACCGAUAGAUCCAAAAAUAUGUUUGACAGUACACACCUCACCUUAAUGAAAACCAAAUUUAAAUAGGCAUUAUUUGCUGCAGUCUUAUCUACAUUAUUUAUAGGACACAUUGCCCCCAGCCAACCACAUUUUCAAGAAGGAUUAUUUAGUGUCUACAAAGCUCUAAUGUUUUAACUGAAACAAACAUUAACUUGAAAAUCAAUGAAGCUCCUUUAUACAAAGGCAAUUGCAAUGAGAUUUAGGCACCUGUUAUAUUAUAGUUUCAAAAUUGAUGAUGCACAGUAGCGGAGGGCUUGUUAAGGGGCCCACCUCUUCCCCCAAUUGGGUGGAGAGCAUAUAAAGAAUCUGUCAGGGCAAAGGCGAUGCCUUAUGAGGGAUAAACCAAUGGCAAAGUUGUUAGAGGACUUCACAUGUACUCAUAGAACUGUAGUUACCUCCUGGCAACUAGUAUUUAUCUUACCAGAAUUCAAAGCUUGCUUUUAUUUAACCUGUUUAAUGACUGAUCUGUCAAUAACAUCAUGUUCUCUAACCUCAUUUGAGAUACCUGAAGAGCUAUGACCCUGUUGAUGUGUCCAAUUUGAAAUAUAAAUAACACUUCUGACUUGCAAAUGUGGACUAAUAUUUCCUCAGCAGUUUGUGGGCUGGAAUACAUUUUAAAAGGAUGACACUCACCCCACUGACUUUCUAGACCAGUUGCACUGUCCUCUUUUCUACACCUCCAGUGUCCUGACCUGCUUCAUGGUCCAAAAUGGCACGUCUUUGAUGCAGUCACAACCAGCAUCUGCAGUUUCCUUGAUUUUACAGUGCAACAUUUUUUUUGUCUUUGCUAGAUAUGACAUCAACAUGCAGACUCAGUAGGUCAAUAGGUAGCAAUGCAGUAAUUUAGUGUGUAUACAGUUUUUAACAAAACAAAGUGCUUUCUGAUCACAUUUAAUAACUUUAUUUUUUAAUUUCACUUAAAGAGUUUGAAGGCUUCUUAUGUGACUGAAAACUAUCAUGUUCACACGACAGGGCAUUUUAUAACACAACACAAAAACAUAAUCAACAGCUUUCUUCUCUCGCACGUCACUGCCUUUAAACUUUAGGCAAGGACUGUUUCUCAAAUAAAAAGCAAUAUGCCUCUAACAAGAGCCUCACAAGUGCACUGAACAUCAACGCUUCACACUAAGAAAAUGGUCUGAAAAGCAGCAAACAGCAAAUUAUCUUAACACUAUUCAAAUAAAUGGAUUAUAACACCAUUUGCGUCUUUGCUGCAGUGUUGCUGGCCUUCUAGCACAGUGUGUCUCCAGAAUGACGGUGCUAAUAUACUUGUCAUUGCACUUAUAAUACUCCUGUAGGUUGCCAACAUUGUUACCAACAGUUCUAGAUGAGAUACUUUUGAUUUCAUGAUUACUGUGCGCAUCUUUAUUUUUCAGGAGCCUCAAAGAAAAAUUGGCAAAAAUGUUCAUUCCUCGUUUGAAGUGCUUUAAUCGGGGAUCCCAGAAAGGAGAUACAGAAGAAGUUUCAAGGUUUUAAAGAUUUUACAUGCCACUUCUUAAUCAGUUGGCUUGAUUUUCAUCCCUCCUUUAACUGAAUCCAAAACAUUAAUAUUCCUUCCUAAGAUUUAUGAAUCCUCAAGAACACUGCUAAUGUUGAGUAUGGAUAUUUUUAAACUUGUUUAAAGUUAUGUUACUAUGUUUCUGAUCGCUCAAGUACCUCUGCCAGAGAUUUCACUACAAUCCAUUUCUCUGAUCGAAAAUGGAAAAUCCAAGUGCAGUAUGUAUGUUGAAGUUACCUAGCUGAAGAUUUUGUUGCUGUUUGACCUGAUAUAACGGAGAUUAAGAUUUUGUAUUCAGUUAUGUUCAUGUGUGCUGACUAUAGAUUAAAUGCCAAAACCGAGCCUUCAGAAAUCUUGUUGGAAGGCUGUACUGUAACCUAUUGCACUUGUAUGAUGCCUCAUAGUCUGCAUUUGUUUGUGCUACCAAUUGCGUUUUUCAUGUUGAUUUAAGGAUUUGUGCAUAUUUAUUUUUUUUCUUUUAAUUCUUCGUGCCUACAUGUUAAUGUUACUAACAUGUUUGAAAUUAGUGUGUGAUUUGCUUUAUGCUGAACUCCACGUUAAAAUGUGUGCAUCAUUACUCAACUUAGUCGUGUGAGCAUUCAACAUUUUUGUCAGGUGUAUUGCUCUUCCAAGACCUUAUUUUAAUAAAGCCUUCA